CCAGGGGCUCCUGGCUGGCUCAGUGGGUAGAGCAUGUGACUCUUGAUCUCAGGGUCGUGAGUUCAAGCCCCCAUUGGGCGUGGAGCCUACUUAAAAUAAAAUUAAAACUAAAUACAUAAAUAGAAAUACUUCUUCCCUGUAAAAGAUUGAGGAAAAAAAUGGCAAGAAGGAUAGGGGGACAAAAUCACUUGGGUCUUCGACCACAGACAGCCAGGGUCUUCAUAAAUUUCUUUUCAUCUUUUUCCUAUGCCUUGUCUGUUAUUUGCUUACUUGUUGUCAAAAAUCCUACAUUUGGAAUUAAUAUUAUCUGUUUUAAUGUAUUGAGGAUUCAUUACACACGAUGCGUCAGCUUUCAUCUGUUACUGCCGGGGCCGUCCUAACUCACUGUGAAAUUUGGUGCUGCGGCUGUUUUCCUGAUGAUAAGUGGAAAAAAGGUCAUCUCUGGUCUCUUCAGACUGUCCUGCUUUUUGGGUUUGGGGGCUUCCUCCAGCAACAAAUACCUGGCUUUUUGGUGAAACAGUGCUAUGGCAGCUAUUUAAAAUCCAAUUUGCUCCUGUCCUAGAGCCUUUAGCACAAGGACCGGGGGUGGGGGGAGUCCCCAACCAGGUAAGGACCGAAAGGGAAUUCAUCCCAUUCACCGGGGGUGGAGCGUUGGCCAUAGAUCUCACUAAGGUCAGCGGACACGUGAAGUGCCAGCCAGAAUGCGAAGCCGGGGGACCCCAGCACAGUGCUAGGGAGUGACGCGCAGAGGUCCCUCCCGGCUGUUCCCCUUGUCUCAGACAUUCACUGAGCACGUCCAGGCUGCACUGGGCUCUGGGCUCUAGCGUUCGGAAGGCAGCCACGAACAGAAUGGGACUGGUUGUGAACAUGUGUGCAAAUAACCAGAUAGUAUGUCCGGCAGGGGACGUCUGUAAAGGCAAGGCAAUGGCUUUGAAAGCGAUGGAGGGUGCGGUAUUCUACAGAGCGGGCAGGGAGGCCUCGCUGAGCAGUAACCCUGGGGCCGAGCCCCCGGGUUCGCGAAGCACGCAGCCGGCUGCGCGGCGGAUCUACCCGCGUUACAUGCGUCCGGAGGAAGACUGUUCACAGGCCAUCGAGGCUGGAACCGCGCCGCGGAGGCGGGGCAGGUGCUGCGGGCAGAGGUGGCUGGGGGCCGCUGGCGGCCCCUUCAGGGGCUUGGCUUUGUCCCCCGGAGUGAGAUGGAAACCGGUGGAGGGUGACGAGCAGAGGAGGGGCGUCAUCUGCCGUGUACCUUGUAAAAGGACCGCUGGGCGUCACGUGGGUGAUCAGUUACAGGGGGGAAGGGCAGAAGCCGAGUGCCGGCGGGGGGCCAGGACCCGUACACCAGGAUGGCCACUCUUCUUCUAAAGAGGCUAACGUUGCAUACCGUAAAGACUGGAAAUAAUUGCAUUAGAUGUCCUGGUACAUACACCCUGCGCCAGACCGCACCAGCACGGCCGUCCCUCCGAGCUUCUGGCCCGAGACUGUCCUGCCCGAUUCACGCAAAAGCUUCCGGUACUGUUGCAGACACCCAGGACGAGAGGAAGAAGAAAAAGAAGAAUGAACCAGCUCUUAGCAACAUCGGAAGAAAAAUUCACGAGCGGGUUAUUCACGUGCUGGAUGAGGCGGGCAACGACUUGGGCAACAUGCACCGAGCAGACGUGAUCAGGCUCAUGAACGAGCGGGACCUGAGGCUCGUGACAAGGGACAGCGGCGCGGAGCCCCCGCAGUACCAGCUCCUGACGGGGGCACAGAUCCACGAGGAGCGCCUGCGACUCCGGGAGCUGGGAAAGGCCCACCCGAAACCCGGCCCUACCCUGACAAAGGAGCUAACUUUUUCUUCAAAUAUUGGACGACAUGAUUUGGACACAAAGAGUAAACAGAUUCAGCAAUGGAUUGAGAAAAAAUACAGAGUUCAAAUUACUAUAAAGAAAGGGAAGAAUGUAGAGCCAGAAAAUAAAAUGGAGGAGAUAUGUAACCAAAUACUCCAAACUAUGCCCGGGAUAGCUACCUUCUCAACCCGCCCACAACCUGUCAGGGGAGGGAAAGCUGUAAUGUGUGUUCUUCGUCAUUUAAGCAAAAAGGAAGAGAAUGCAUAUAGAGAAACUCAAGGAGCCCAGAAAGAGGACCCUUUGAACAAAGAAAAUGGAAACAACAGAGAAUCAGAUGUUGUGCAUCCAUGAUUUUAAUAAAGAAAAAUGUGCUUCUGGGAGAAAGAA